CACCCAAUCAUGACAUCGCAAAGUUCUGCUGCGGAAGAGAGCUGCGAAGGAGAUGGCUGAACUUAGAUAGCCCUGUGUUUGGGAAUAUCUUCACCAUGGACCUUCUCCGGACGAAAGAGGGCAGGGGAGGACGGCUGCUCGUCCUUGCAGUAGUGUUUGGGUGGUGUGCAGGGGCUGUGAGCUGUUUCGGACAAAACCUAGACAGCGAGUUCACGUUUCUGCUGCAAGCCGGAAGAUCCGAGUGUUUCUUUCAAACAGCAAUAAAGAAUGGGACGAUGGAGGUCGAAUAUCAGGUGAUAGCGGGUGCUGGUAUGGAUGUAGACUUCACCAUCAUCUCUCCAGAAGGCAUCCGGCUCAUCGACGAGUAUCGACGCUCCGACGGAGUCCACGUGGUGGAGCAAACAGUGGAGGGAGACUACGAAAUCUGCUUUGACAACAGCUUCAGUCACUUCACAGAGAAGAUGGUGUUCUUUGAGAUCAUCAUCGAUGGCCAUGGAGGAGAUGUGGGUGGAGAUGAAGAGUGGCCGGGAUUAGAGGAGCCUGACGGAAGUGUUCUGGAGUACAAGCUGGAGGACAUCCGGGAGUCCAUGGAUUCUCUGCACAGACGCUUGGAGCGCAGCCGGCAGAUGCAGACGGUGUUGCGGGCUUUCGAGGCACGGGACCGAAACCUUCAGGAAGACAACCUGUGGAAGGUCUCGUUCUGGUCCUGUGCCAGUGUGCUGGUGAUGCUGUGUGUGGCCCUUACCCAGGUCUACACUGUCCGUAAACUGUUCGAGGAUAAGCGGAGGGUCUGCACAUAGAGGGAUUAUUUUGCCUACGAAGGAGAACAAUCCAAUACAAGAUGUUCAGCUGGUUACCCAUUCAGACUAUGCUCCAUUAUCUUUUAUUUGGGCUACAUCAACACCAGCUUUCAACAUCAGUUUUAGUGAAUCUUUUUUACUUCUAAAAUCUUGUUUUAUAUCAGUUUGUGAGCAAUAAUGAAACACCAUUAGGUAAGGCUAAGCAGAUGAGGAAGUUGGUUAUUUAAAUGUUAUUUAGUGCCUUUAAUGUCAAAUCUUACCACAAAUUAAUGAGGGCAUGCAUUUUGAAAGGUACUGCCUACAUAGACGGGACAAUAGUUGUCCUACGUUUCUGAGGUUUGUGGAAUAUUUCGUUAAAGGUGAAAUCCUCCUUAUUAAAGGGUAAAGGUCCAACACAACUCAAAAGCUGAUCCGCAGAGCUCCUAGUCUGCUGGUUUACAAGGGAUAACAAUGUGCAAUAGUGUUGUUGCCGUAUUUGUUCUUCCUGACCGUUUACGAUCUUUGCAUUCAAUUAGUGAUCUGUCCGUCUGACCAGGUUGAUGGUUAGUUCUUUUGAGACAUUACUGAUUUAUUUUCACAUGUCAAGUCCAUGCUGACGUGUUGACAAAUAAGAAUGAGGGGUGAUUUUUGAAGUGUAAUUGCCAAUAAUGUACAAUGUGUCAGUACUCUUCCAGACAAAUAUGUAGUACGUAUGUGUACGUCAGUUCAGAAAUGCAUCAGGAUAACUCGGUGUGAACAUCCUGAUUGUUAUAUUUGCGUUUGCGUGUCUCUGGCUUCUGUUCGGUCUUCUUGAUGAUCAAAUUUGUGUCAACUGAAUGAGACGUUUUCAUUCUGCUCCGGCAGCCACUGUGUGUGUGUGUGUGUGUGUGUGUGUGUGUGUGUGUGUGUUUUUCUUUUUACAAGAACAGGCUUUUAUCAAAUAUUCUCUAGAAUAAGUAAAAAUCAGGUUUACAUGGGGAUCAUUGAUAUAAAUAAAUGCAUUUUUUUACACAAGAAAUACUUGGUUUGAUGUGAGUUGUCUUUGACGAAUAAAAAACGUGUAAUGUUU